AGAAGAGGAAGAAGAAGAAGAAGCAGAAGCAGAAGCAGAAGAUACAUUAGCGUGUGGACCCAUAUUGACAAUGCGCACGCGCUGAUUGUCUCCGGUCGGCUGCUCGUCUGCUCUCUCUCGACUCUCGAUUCUUUCAUUCCACUGUCCAGUCUUGUUAUCGUCUGGGGUCGUUCUUAUUUCUUGCGCUUGUAGAUUCUGCAUAUUAUCUCUAAGGAAUGUCAUAUUUUCUUAAUAGAGAUAAAACAGCAGCAACCAUCGUCUGUCAAAAUAAGAUAUAUCUCUAAGGAAUGUCAUAUUUUCUUAAUAGAGAUAAAACAGCAGCAACCAUCGUCUGUCAAAAUAAGAGAACUACAAUUACUGUACUAAAGUUGUCUGAAGUUACAGCUAGCAAGCUAUCAUUUGGCCUGGGUGUGGACUGUCAAUGGCGUGUGUAGGGACAUCAGAUGACAGAGUAGGAGAGGUGCUGCUGAAUAGAGUGAUGCAGGAGCAGCUGGAGGAGGUGUUGUAUUCAGAAGUCCUGGUAGCGCACCCCACAGAAACCCAGGAGGUGGAGAGUGAUCAGGAGCAGAAGAUGGUGUUGCAGCUGGCUGUGAUGAUACGGACCAUCGGAGACGCCUUCAAGAAGGACGGGAAGCUGGACGAUGCGAUAGAUGGAAUGGUGGGGCAAAUGACCAGCAAGACCAACUACUGGAAGUUGGUGGAAAAGGUAUUUGAGGAUGGUCAAAUCACCUGGGAGAGAAUUGCUGUGCUGUUCUACGUAGCAGGGAGGAUAGCUGUCAAGGUGGUGAUUGCCAACCUCCCCCAGUUAGUGAAGGCCAUUCUGAAGUGGACUCUGGAGUACUUCAGAAGCAAAUUACUGGACUGGAUCCAGAAACAUGGAGGAUGGGUGAACAGUUUCGCUGCGCUGGCACGUGUGCAGGUGGAGAGGAUGUCCUCUAUGAGAGCCCGGUCCUCAGGGCUCAUCCUGGUCUUCCUCGGAGGUGUCAUACUGGGUAGUGUUAUCACCUGGAAACUGUCCAGGAGGACCUGACACACACACACAGUCCCACUCCAGUUCAAGAGCAAUACAUGCAAACGUGUGGGCGUGCGCAUACACACACACACACAAAUACAUUUGUUUACCUAGUCUAUGUAUUAUUAGUUACCUACAGUGGGGAAAAAAGUA